AUGGCUGACCCCAUCAUUGAUAUUGUCAACAUCAUAGUAGGCCCUAUAUUCAUUGGAAUGCUUUUCUUCUUCCUCAUAUACGGAGGCACUAUUGGGCAGACUAUAUAUUACCUACGGAACUACUCUCAAGAUCGGCUCUCAAUAAAAUUUUUGGUCGCAGGUCUAUUCCUUCUUGAUACUGCAAAGGCGUUUGGGGAUGGGGAGAUGUUCUGGUUCUAUCUAAUCCAGAAUCACGGGGAUGUAAUUGGCCUAUCUGCUAUCACAGUAUGGGUUGGUGUCCAGAAUAUACUUGGAGUAUGUUUUGUGCCCUUCUGGUUUAGUGCGUAA